CUUUGAAGGAAAAAUACUAAAUAGUACGCUGAGUUAUAGCACAUAUACCGUGGCUCUGCAACGCGAUUUGAAAUUUAUCUGAAUGUUUUUACCUUUUAGAAAUACUACUUUACAAUCUUUAAAUGUUUUCACUUGUUUCUUAAUUGGGUGUUUAAUACGUCUGUAUAAGUAAGACCCUCUUGGGUCUGUAUGCGACGCGCAAAGAGAGACGAAAGUUGGUAUUCCUUGCAUCUGAACCGUACCACUUCUUACCCACUGGGGAAGACUCGGAGUUUUUCGUGAUGGGUCCAACACUAUCUGACUCAACUAAAGAAGAAUGCCAUAAAGUUUUGAGGAGAAUGGAGCUAGAAACCUAUGGGGCUGUUGUGUCAACACUACGCGCUCAAGGAGAGCUCAACAAAGAUAGAAGAAAACUAUUAGAAGAUUUAUCUGUGCUGAUGAAGAUUUCACCUGAGAGACAUAAAGCUGAAAUACGCCGGGCAGUCAAUGAUGAGAAACUUGGUUGCAUUGCUGAAAGACUAAGUGGUGGAGCUGAUACUGAAUGGGCUUGGGCUCUGGAAGGUAGAAGAGUUGUUCCUCUCAUGCCUCGACUGGUCAGGCCAACCCUUUUUACAUCAUUAGCUACAAGUGUUAGUAAAGCUGUAGCUCAAAAUCCAAGGAUUUGUCUUAAUCAAACUCCCAUCAGUAGUAACACUGAUGAAACUACUUCUAAAUAUGUUCGUGACCCUGAUGAUGAAGACACCUUAUCACCAGUGAUGGUUCCUAUUGCAAGCCCUGAUUCAAGCUGCCAUAGUAACAACAAUUUUGAGUGUGAUUUCAUGGAGACACCAAGUGAAAAGCAUGUUCUAAUCAGUAACAAUGCUGAGGUGGAGAAGAAACCAGAGUUCUUGUCUAAAAAAACUGUUAUUCCUGUUCCUCCUUCUUCGGUCAAAAGGCCAAGAUCCCCAUCCAACCAGGUUGUGAAUUUUUCAGCACCGUUACCCAAAGUGAGAGCUGUGUCGCCUAAUUGUGUAAGGCCGCAGCAUAAAAUUACUCCACCUCAGCCAUCACCCCAGCAGCAGCAUAAAGUAAUGACAACACCUCAGCCAUCACCCCAGCCGCAUAAAGUAAUGACAACACCUCAGUCAUCGCCCCAGCAUAAAAUAAUUAGUACGCCCCAGCCAUCACCCCAGCUAAUGCCGAGAAGUCAAAUCAACACACCAAUUCGACCGCAACAGCAUUUACCAAGCCCUUCAUCUUUGCCAGCUCCCACUGGGAAAAUACGUGUAAGAGCACCUGUGGUUCAAGCCAACGCUCAGCGACCUCCCAUCACCGUACGACCGCCAGUAUCUCAAUAUGCUCAGGUUCAGCUCAAUCAAGUGAGACCCGCUACAAACAAUGCAGGCGUUAAGCAGGUGGUACAAAUUCGAGCAACGUCCUUGAAUCAUCAGCACCAAACGAUAGGCACAUCAAAAGAAAUGAGCAGCCCACGUUCUGUUCAAACUCACCCACCAGUUACCGUACAAUCGGUGCCGACCGUUGCCUCGAGCAUUAGCAAGCAACUCCCCGGGAAAGCGAAUGUGAUUGUGUUACACAAAAACUUGCCCAUGGCUAAAACCAUAACCACGGUGGCUAGAGAAGUGGAUCGAAGCGGUUCGCUGAACAAGAACAACUUCCUGCCAAAAUCAGUAAGCUCACCGACGGGGACUAAAGUAACGCUUCCUAGCAAUGUUCGCAUCAUAUCGGUUCCAAGUGGGACCAAUGUAGUUAGCAGUGGCAGUGGAGUUACUGGGGUCAAUCACACCACACACAAAAUUAUGUCAACGGCGGUAACGGGAGCAGCAACCACACAGAAAAAUGUUUACGUCCUCGAGCUAAGUAAUGAAGCCGUGGGUAAACCAAUCAUCAUUGGUGAUAUUAUGCAAACCUCUACGGUCUCGGAAGUCAACGGAGCUGCAGCCAAGACAUCCCCUUCUAUGCUUGCUAUUGCUAAAGCGGCUAACGAUGCCAGAAUUGAUCAAGAGAUUCGAAAUGAACUCCUAAAUUGUGGCGAUGUAAAUGACAACGGAGUAAAAGUAAUAACUACGGAAACGAUUUCCAACCGGAGUUAUGAUUUCAGUUUUUCGACGCGAGAAAAUACCGAACAGAAUGGCGAGCAUUUGGUCGUCCACACGACCUCUGAACUGGUGGCUGAUACCGGGGGUAUAGUUACCAAUGCAGCUAAUGUGGGAACCAACAUUCUUGAUGCUCACACAGGAGUGAUUUAUGCCAUAACAGACGAGCAAACUCCUCAGCUCACAUUGGAGCCUUCCCCGGUUGACAUUUUCAGCACUGCUAUUGCGUCUGCCGAUAUAAAUAUGGAAGCGGCGGCGUACAGCAGCGAUGAAAAUGCCGGAAGCACUCGAUUGAUUUUAACAGACACAUACGACAGUCCAUCAGCGAAAUCAUGAUGUUCUUGUGUGUUGUCCCCCCCAGAAUGGAAGUACCUAUAUCCCAAUUGUAAUCCUAUCCCUUUCUUAUUUCCUGAGCUUUCCUCCCCCUCUGCUUUCUAAAUUUUUGAAUUAACGUGAUAGUGAUUUCCCCUUUCUUAUUGUUAAUUUAUAUGAAUCGUCAGACUUUAUCGAUCCAGUGCAACGCUUUAUUGUCUAUGCGUUAAAUGGUCGAAAAAUAAGGGAGAGAAAAAAAAAAUACUACAUUAAACUCGAAGAGCAAUACACAGUUUAAACUGUCGACGUUCCGAUGUCACAGUUCGAUCGAUCAAUGAUUUAAA